UUCUCCAUCUUUCCCUCAGGAUGACGCUCAACCGCAGCGCCCGCCUGAACGUUCCCGACCGGAGGCGCGGCAGCACGCCCUUCGCGGCCCAGCAGCAGCUCCAGCACCAGGCGGCCCUGCACCGGCGCAGCAUGCCGGUCGACGAGAGGCAGCUCGCGGCUCAGGAAGAGGAACCGGAAGUGGAGGUGGAACUGCCGCGCCGGGCCUCGGGCUCUUCGGACUCGCUGGCCUCCACUUCCUCUUCCGGCAGCGACGCGGAAGGGAGACUCCACAAAGUCCUGCUGCUCGGGGCGCGAGGCGUCGGGAAGAGCAGCCUGGCGCGCGUCUUCGGGGGCCUGGAGGAGGGGCCUGAGGCGGAAGAGGCCGGCAAUACAUAUGACAGAUCAAUUAUAGUGGAUGGUGAAGAAGCUUCUCUGGUGGUGUUUGACAUAUGGGAGCAGGAUGAUAACCAAUGGCUUCAGAACCACUGCAUGAAAAUGGGGGAUGCUUACAUUAUUGUGUACUCAGUGACAGACAAAGUCAGCUUUGAGAAAGCCUCUGAGCUACGAAUUCAGCUGCGAAGAGCAAGGCAAACGGAAGAUAUCCCUAUCAUCCUUGUAGGAAAUAAAAGCGAUCUUGUCCGAUCACGGGAAGUCUCUGUAGAUGAGGGACGUGCCUGUGCUGUUGUCUUUGACUGCAAAUUCAUUGAGACUUCAGCAGCUCUGCAUCACAAUGUCAAGGACCUUUUUGAAGGGAUUGUCCGGCAAAUCCGG